AAAAAGAGUUGCAAUUAACUCGUCAUACAGUCACUUAGAACCCGUCUCUGUUGGGAGUAUAUAAACACUAAUUGCAGACGAAGAGAUUAUUCAGUUCUGUGAUAACUGUGCAAUUCAACAUAACAACAUCCAACAUGAAAGUUAUCUUCGUUGUUGCUGCGCUUGUCGCCGUUGCUUUGGCUGCCCCACAAGGCGCCGAUAAAGAUGCCACCAUUGUAAGGAACGAUUUGGAAAAUAUUGGAGUGGAUGGCUACAACUGGGGAUAUGAAACAAGCAACGGAAUCAAGGCUGAGGAACAAGGUACUCUGAACAAUGCUGGUUCUGAAAAUGAGAGCAUUUCUGUCCGUGGAUCGUUCACCUACACUGGUGCUGAUGGGGUCACCUACACUGUCAACUAUGUAGCUGAUGAAAAUGGUUUCCAACCAGAGGGCGCUCAUAUUCCUAAGUAAAUCAAUAAUUAAGGAUGUGUUAUGACCAGAAAAACAAUUUUUUGACACUUUAUUAUAAAUUUUGUAAAUAUUUUUGUACCAUACUGAAUAUUGUGAUGAAUGUUAUCAUAAUAAUAAAGCAAUAUUAAUUAAAA